UUCGUCCCCACCUCCUACAACGCUACAGCAGCAACUAAUCCAGCAUGAAGCUUGCAACUCUAAUCACCUGUCUCGCUCUCGCCCACUCUCUUCCUUCGUCCGACUGGCAGACGUGGAAGACGGAAAACAACAAGGUCUACACAUCAGACGAAGAAGAACGGUACCGCUACUCUGUAUGGAAAGACAACCUCCAAUACGUCACAGAGCAAAACAAAAUACUCGCAUUCGAACUGGGAAUGAACUACCUUGCAGAUAUGACGCAUGAAGAAUACGUUGAGACAUUGCUGGGCUACAGAGGAUCCGCAAGAAACAGCAGCAGGUCGGUGUUGGUCGUUCACGAGGAGUUGCAGCAACUGCCGACUGAAGUGGACUGGAGGACCAAAGGCUAUGUGACAGAGAUCAAAAAUCAAGGCGCUUGCGGUUCAUGUUGGGCUUUCAGCGCGACGGGAUCGCUUGAGGGUCAACAUUUCAAGAAGACGGGAGAGCUUGUUUCUCUUAGUGAACAAAACCUCAUGGAUUGCUCGCAAAGGGAAGGAAACCAGGGCUGCAAGGGAGGACUGAUGGACAACGCCUUCAAAUACGUGGAAAAGAACAAAGGAAUCGACACAGAAGCAAGUUACCCAUACAAAGCAAAAGAUGAAGUCAAGUGUCACUUCAAACUUGCAGACGUUGGAGCUACGUGCUCAGGCUUUACAGACAUUCCAAAGGACGACGAGAACGCCCUCCAGGAGGCCGUCGCCACUAUCGGACCCAUUUCCGUCGCCAUCGACGCAAGCCACCGUUCCUUCCAGCUUUACCGUAACGGCAUCUACUACGAGCCGAAAUGCAGCGAGAAAAGGCUAGACCACGGCGUACUCGCCGUCGGAUACGGAAGUGAAGGAGGAGAUGGAGGAGAAGGAGACUACUGGCUUGUGAAGAACAGUUGGGGCAAGCACUGGGGCAUGCAAGGAUACGUACACAUGAGCCGCAACCGUGAAAACAACUGCGGUAUCGCAACGGCUGCUAGUUAUCCUCAUGUCUAAUUUUUGACAACGGCAACAAUUUUUGGCAAAUCAAUUCAUAUUUAUGUAGUGUGUCGUUUGUUAGCUUGUUGGUGUAUUUCUUUGUUUGUUUGUCUGUUUGUCGACUGCCCUUCAUGGGAACUGCACCAGAAUUUUGUGUGUAAGAAAUACAUUAUGUACACAAAAGGCAAAACAAAACAAAUAGCUGGGCAUGCAGUCACAGAUACAC